GCCCACGAGGCCUCGCCGCGCCUCUUACUGUUAUCGAGGAUCGUCAUCUUUCGACUCUUCUCAACUACGAAAAAAAAACAUUAAAUUCAUUCUCAGUCAUUUGAGUCAGAGGAAAUCAGUGAUACAGCUGCCUGAGCCGUGAAGUGCAUCCAUUCUAACCAGACGGUGACGCCCGGCCGGCGCCGUCCACCCUCCUGACACCAUGCUGCUUGUGGGUAGGCCUAACGCAGUGAGGGGGACGGUAACGUUUAUGCUGAUGGUACUGCUGGGAAAGCCGCCCUACACACGAACGAACGACACACGAGGUCAUCUCCGGUACCCGUGGGUUACCUUUCCUCCGCCCCUAAACUAUCCACGGACUCCGACUUCACAGCGACCUCGGCCCUCCUAUCCCCCUUCUCCGCUCCGUCCCGUACCUCUGCCUCCAAAAUACACACCCCCACCAAAUAACCCCAACUUCACCUCACGCCCAAGCCGGCCCUUACCACCACUCCGCCCUACACCACCACCCCGACGUUUACCUCUCCCCCCUACCAACCCUUCAUCACCCCCUUACCGUGUGGCUCCCAAUAACCUCGUCACUUAUCCCCCGUCCCGCAGCUUCCCCUCAGCCCCCUCGUAUUCUUCUUCCUCAGAUCGGUCUUCAUCCCCAGAGCAUCCUUCACAUCCAGUUUAUCCUUACCCAUAUGGCUAUCCCUCAAACCUUGGUUACGUGGCGCCACGCUAUUAUCCAUAUUCAAAUACUUCACAGCCCUCUCAUCGCCCCCCUUAUUUUUACCAAUGGCAGUUCUAUUACCCUCCCUAUUCUUUCUAUCCUCGCUUUCCCCCCACGGUUCCAACAUCCACACCCACACCCAUGUCUACCACCACAACCACCACUCCCAGUCCGGGGGCCUUGAUAUGGCCAACUAGCAGGACACAAAAGAGCACUCUUCCCUCUGUGUGGUCCACCGGUCGACCCACCACCACCAGGCCACCUUCAAUAGUAGCAUGGCCCACCAAAAAGGCUUCCAAGACCCAUCACUCGACCACCAGAACACCAUUAGAGCAGGUGUGGCCGACGGAAUCCUCCGUAGCUUCCUUGAAACCAACCAGUGAUCCUUCAGCCAUCACUCCUAGAUGGCCCAUCCCUCCUCCCUCAGCUAGCCCGCCUGCCAUCUCCUCGAGGUGGCCGACAGUGAAGCCGCCACCCAACCCGCUGAUCAUAUUAUGGCCGACUGAGAUGACAAAUAAAGCAUCCCCAACCACUCCAUCAUGGCCGACGAAGCCAAUUAAGCAAGGUCAAGAUAAAAACUUCAUUGCAGCCCCAGCGUGGCCAACCAGACCGCGAAAACUAACCACUGUUACUCCAGCGUGGCCAACAAGGAAACCAGGAGGCAAAGACGGCACACUCCUUGUCUGGCCAACACGAAGGCCACGAGGUACUCCGCCUCCGCCUGAGCGGCUAAGGAAUACAACCAAACCACAACCUGCACUUGCACCUCCAAAAAGGCACCCCAAGACGUUCCUACGUGCACCCACAUUGGACCAAACGACGACCUCUACCGCACCCUUGCAACGCACGCCAAGGCCACGCAACACUACCGACGCCACGCUACUGCGGCCCAAGAGAAGUGCUGCGACGGAGAAUACCGAAGAGACAAGUGGGCUGCCCCUUAACAGCAAACCACCAGUAUCAACAUCUUAUUCAAAGUGCAGCACGCCAUGUCUCACCGAGAAGGGACGUCGUACAGGUAAAUGUCCCUCCCAGUCUGCAUCCUGCCCAAAACAGUCUCCCGGUGAUCGCCGCCGUGAUCCUCCACCCUCGAAGGAGCUGUGUGUGACGGACAGCCAGUGCCGCGCCUCCUACAAGUGCUGCUCGGACCCUUGCACCGGCAGCUAUAUGUGCACUGCAGUCUAUAUCCCUCAUCUGUAGAACUCGCUGACCAGACCCCCAAGCAUCUGUCAGGUUUCUCCUUUUUUAACGGCUGAUGGAACACACACACACACACACAUACACAGUGAAAGACGUAGGUGACUUCCAAAUUCAGAAGGAAAAAGCAUCUUGUACUAAUAACUGUCCUUAUAAUGAGCUUAUACACGAUGUUUACCUGUAGUGUCAGUGAGUUGUAGACAGUGUGUGAAGGGCGGGAAGCGUCGCCCACCUGUUCCUAGACAUGUGUGAUGAACACGACUGUUUACUCUAUGAAAGUAAAAUUAUUCUCAUGUAUUUAAUAAAUACAGGCAAAAUGU